AUGGCUUCCGACAAUGAUUCGUCAGAUCUCUCAUCGCUCUCCUCACUUUCACCGGUUCCAUCCGAUGACGAACUUGAUGCUGGCCCCGACAGCGGAGCGCCCAAGAAGGGCGGGAUUCUGAACUUCUUCUCCAAGGUAUCAGAGCAAUCGCCUAGGUCGCCAUCGCCUCCGCCGAGAAAAAGAUCGCCGUCGCCCCCUCACGAAUAUGUCCUCGCCGAUAACCCUGAUAUUGCUUUCAUUGUCAUGUUCAGAAGCCGAUUUGUCGAUGCGCUGCCCAAAUCACUCGCGAACUUCGGUCCUCAGGAGCUGGAGCGCGAUGUGGUCGAGCCCAUCCCAGGAGACCGCGCAGAACACUUUCUGUGCGCGCUGCUGGGACUGUUACUGAAUCGCAAACAGGAUGUCAAACCUGGGCAUUACAACAGAGCGCUAGAGGACGCGAUUGCGUCGCACAAGGGCCAAUGGCCCGCAUCGUGGGAGGACAAGAGCCCCUUAUCUGGUGGCGGUGGUUUCAACACCAUGAAUCCUACGGAGAGACUUACACUCCUGCGAACAUUAAUUCUAUGGACCAUGUCUUCCUCCGACAGCGUCAAGAGCGUCAUAAACCAAGCCUACAAGCAGAACCGACACGAAGACGAUUUGAACCAACCUCGCGCCGUUCAGCCCUGGGGUUCCGAUGGCGACAAGAGAAGAUACUUUUUGGUGGAGGGCCAAGAUGAUACUGCCUUCCGCGUGUAUAGGGAAAGUAACCCUGCUGGGGCGAACCGUACAUGGUGGAGUGUCGCUGGCUCGAUUGAGGAACUGAGAGUACUGGCGGAGAAGCUGAGCACGAAAGAUGGUGGUCCGAAGGCGAAGAAGCUGAGCAACAAAAUGUUACAGGCAAUUCCUCGUUUUGAGGUUGGUGAAGAGAAACGAAGACGCCGCGAGUACCGCCAAAUGCGCAAGGAGCAAUUCAAGAGACCAGAACCAGGCUUUUCGAUGUAUGAAGGUCGGACGCGUGGCAAGCGCGUCAAGUACACAUACUCGGACGAUGAGGAUAUAUUCUAUUCUGAUUCGACCAAUCGCCGCUCUACGCGCAAUACCGGAGCAAACACACCAGCGGAGUCCGGUCCUGUGACAACAGCCAGUGGGCGCCAAAUUCGUGCACCUCCCCGAAUGACAGCAGGCGACGACAGCACCGCUGUAAGUGUCCAAGGAGACUACUCGGAGGCUGAGCAAGAAGGCUCUGUUGGGGCUACCGGUAGACCGCGACGAUCCGCGACAGCUGGCUCAGCAAACGGUUGGAGUGAAACCAAUGGCCGUGGCCGCAGCCGCAGAAGCUCCAUGGACUCGGACGAUGGUGUGAGCGAAGCUGAAUUUGGAGACGACGAAGAGGACGCAGAUGCACAGGUCCCGGUGGAAUCCGACCCAGAGGAGGAUGAGUUUGAUGAAGAUGAAGCCAUGGUCGAUGAUGAUAUUGAUGAGCGCCGGCAAAGCCUUGUUGUCAACCUCGCAGUCAAAGCACCAAAUCUGAAAACCGCUCUCAGCCCCAUUGAUCUGGCGCCAAAUGCACUUCUUGCACCAGACGCGGAGGACCAAAAGCCAGCGCCGGCCGAUAUGCCAACCACAACAGCUAGUGAUGUUGCCAUGAAAGACUUGCCUGCACCACAGGCUGAGGCUAUAAAGAAAUCGGAGUCGCCCACUGGAACCAAGCCAACAGAGCAAUCUUCGUAUAGGUCCGAUACAAAGCCUGAGCAAACUGAACCUGAUGCAAAGGCUGUCAACCCUGUUGCUCUUUCUUCGGCAUCGCUAGCUUUUCGCGGCAGCCCAGAGAAGAAGCAUCUGCAGCCAGCGGCAAUGCCGGACAUUCUCAAUGCGCCUCAAUAA